UCGUUGAAGCCAAGACACAGUGGCAGGAUGUGAGAUCUUGAACUGAACAAUAUUUACUUGGAGGACUGAAAGAAACUGAGAGACAAGCUGAAGAUAAUUCACCUGGGUGAGUUUCUUCUUUAAGAACAAUUUGAAAUCUGAGAAAAUGGCUGAGAGAGCUACUCUUUUUGAAAAAUAUCUGAGCUGCCAUUUGUGUUCAGAGACUUUCAGAGAUCCUGUGUCUCUGAGCUGCAACCACAACUUCUGUUCAAGCUGCCUGCAGAAAUUCUGGGAACAGGCUAAAAACAAAAACUGUCCUAUUUGUAAAAGGAAAUCCUUAAAAGAUUUUCCUGUAGUGAACUUUACACUGAAGGAACUGGCUGACUUCUUUGCUGGAAGACAGAAAUCUGGAUCAUCUGAGACAAAAAAGGGAAAAGAGAAGUCAUUAAUGGAGGUUUGUAGUAAACACAAAGAAGAGCCUAAACUGUUCUGUGAGAAUGAGCAGAGAGUUGUGUGUCCUGUCUGUGAGUUUACUCUCCACCACAAUCACAAAGUGGUUCCUAUAGAACAAGCAGUCAGUGACCUGAAGGAGCAGCUGAAAUCUGACUUAAAGUCUCUGGAGGACAAGAGGAACAAAUACAAACAAGUGAAGGAAACAUACAAUGAGGUGAUUCGACACUCCAAGAAGCAGCUGCUGUCCACAGAGAGGCAGAUCAGAGCAGAGUUCAACAAGCUCCACCAGUUCCUGAAAGAGGAAGAGGAGUCCAGACUGGCAGCUCUGAGGGAUGAAGAGGAGCAGAAGGAGAAGACUGUGAGCAAAAAGAUGAAGAGGAUUCAGAAGCGAAUCUCUUCUCUGUCAGACAGUAUCUCUGCUGUUGAAGAAGAGCUGCAGAAACACCAGGUGCCAUUCCUCAGCAGUUAUAAAGCCACUCAGACCAGAGCCAGAGCCCAGUGCUCACUGUCAGAUCCACAGCUGGUCUCAGGAGCCCUGAUAGAUGUGGCCAAACACCUGGGCAACCUGGCCUUCAGAGUCUGGGAGAAGAUGGAGGAGAAGGUCCACUUCAGUCCUGUCAUUCUGGACCCAAACACUACAAACCCCUGGCUCUAUCUGUCUGAUGAUCUGACCAGCAUGAGAUGCGGAGACACAAAGCAGCAGCUUCCUGACAAUCCAGAGAGAAACACUAACUACACCACUGCUCUGGGCUCUGAGGGCUUCAGCUCAGGGAAACACAGCUGGGAGGUGGAGGUGGGAGAUCAUCCUACCUGGAAUGUUGGUUUAGUUAAAGAGUCAGUUGACAGGAAGGAAAAGAGAUUUGUUUCACCAAAAUAUGGAAUCUGGUGUUUGUUGCAUCGCAGUGGAAAAUACUCUAAUGGUGCUGGUCAGACCGUGACAGUGAAGCAGAGUCUCCAGAGGAUCAGAGUCCAGCUGGACUAUGACAGGGGGGAGGUGUCCUUCUACAACUCUGAUGGCAUGAUUCUCAUCUACACUCACAGAGACACUUUCACCGAGAAGCUCUUCCCAUAUUUCAGCAUUGCAAAAGCUGGUGCUGCCAAAAGCUUUGAUAUCAAAAUAAGAAAGUGAGAUUUCUCUGUGAUGUUCAUGUUUACUGGAUUAUGAGAGAAUAUAGCGUCAUAUUGUUCAGUAAAUACUGUGAUCAUACUGUAAUCUGAAUAGACUUUCUGUGGACUUCCUGGAAUUAGGUCAUAAAACAGUGUGUGGUGUUGUUGUGACAAUGUUUCUAAAAAAAAAUCAAAAUAACUUUAAAACUACAAAUACAACUGUCCAAAUGUGUUUUGUUGAAUAAUUUGCAUAUGUUGGUAAAAUAUAUGAAUCCCUGAGCCUCAAUUUAACACAUGGUCCUUUGCUUCCAUCCAGUGGGUAUACGGUGGAACUACAGAAAACAAACAGUACAGGAGUACAGUUUGAAGUACAGGCUAAAUAAAACAGUCAGUGGUUUAUUUUCGUGUACAAUGACUGCUGAAGUGGGAAUCCUGUAGUAGUAUUUUUUUUGGCUUUAUUUUUCUUGGUCCAGUUCUAGUCAAGGGGUUGUUGAAUGAGUCCAGAAUGAUAUCAUUGCUAUCACAGUGUUUUCUAUUAUGAAAUCUAGAAUAAAAGUUUUACAUUUCUAUAGAGCCCACAUCGUUGAGCUCAUCUCAGACAGAGCAGAGAAAAUUAUUAAAAUCUACCUGCAAACCUGGAAUAAGACGAUGUUAAAAGAUUCUCAGCAGUUGACUCAAAUUACGAAAAAAAAAACAUCAAAGUAGUUUAAAUAAAAAAAUGCUUAUUGUCAAUGUUCAUGACUUAAACUUAAUAAGAUCUUUUGUGAUUCCAGCAAAUUCAAAUUUUCUGUUUCGUCCGCUUUAAAAAUAGAAAUGUAGUUCCCAAUUUGACCACAAGAGGGCAACAAAUGAAAGACGUUCUAAUAUUCCCACUAUUCAUUUUCACAUUUAAACCAUUUCCACCGUUUACUUUAAUUAUACACGUGUUAAUGUAACUGUGUGUGAAAAUAAAUAUAUAAAUAUAUUCACUGAUCUGAUUUUAAUUUGAAGAAUAAAGUUUUAUUUUGAAAUAAACUUUUCAC